AUGAUUCAACUAGAAUUUACACAAAAAAUGAAUCGUGAUAUACAUAUAGUUAUAGUUGAUAAAAUAAUAGGUCUAAACCCUAAAUACACAACAAAAGCCUGGAGAAAUUACAAGAAUAGACCUGAGUCAUUAGCCACUCAAGUUUGGAACGCUUUAAAAACGGAUGAUUACCCCAAUGAUAAGAAGUUUUUAGGCAUAACUCCUCAAAAGGUAAAUCGUCCUUCUGGUUAUGAUUAUAUUGACUAUAAGUCUAAACGUUUAUCUUGGCAUUCUAAUAGUCCUAAAUUGUGGGCGGAAUCCAAGAAGUCACUUUUAACUUACAGACUAUAUGACUAUGUGGUAAAUUUAUUGCAACAAAAUGGAUACAGAUUAAUUGGUGGUAGGUCUUGUAAAGGACAUGAAUGGUCUGCUUCCUUUAGUAAUAUCAAGAAUCGGAGAAUGUGGUGUCGUAAAUGUUUAGCAUUUACUAUUGAUGAUGCUAGAGAAUAUGCCAAAAAUCAUAAUGGGUAUUGUCUAUCUACUCAAUAUAUUAAUGGUAAAGUUCCUUUAUUGUGGAAAUGUGCUAAAGGGCAUGAGUGGUCUGUUCCUUUUAUAAACAUUAAAAAUAGUAGAACAUGGUGUAAUAAAUGUAGAUCUCUUACUCUUAAAGAUGCUAUAAAAGUUGGAAAAAAAUGA